AUGCCCAGUCAACAGGUAGCAGCAGAUCGCAUCACAAGCAACGAUUCAUCAUCCUGCAAAAGGGGUGGACCUCAUGCAUACCAUCAUAUCAAGCAAGUUAGCGGACGCGCACAGAGACAGACAGCAGUACAGACCCGACCUGAUACAUUCAUCUUCACCGGUUGGGGUCGAAAUUGGAAUGGGGGACAAACUUUCGAUCUCGAAGUUGGAACGGGGGACAAACUUUCGACCUCGAAGUUGGAAUGGGGGACAAACUUUCGACCUCGAAAAGAUGAGCAAUAG